AAUAAGGACCAAUGAUAAAAAUUCACUAAAAUAAUGCGAACAGGAAACUGAACUUGUACCAUGUUCAGGGAAAAAGUAUAUAAAAACGCACAAUUCUUAGAUUUCAUUUCACUUGUCGCACGAAACGCAAAAAAUGAACACUAUUAUUUUAAUCGCAUUGCAAAUCACGUUAUUUGAUUAUUCGUUCGUCGCAGUUGGCGCAAAUCAUCCUGUCCAAGACCCUCAAACUACAAUUGAACUUGUAGAUUCAACAACUGAGGGAACGAAAUCGCCGUGUGAUUAUUUGGAAAAUAUAGGAAAAGAAAAGUCGACCAAGAGUCUGAGUACGAGAAUAAUCCAGAAGGCAGCAGAAACUCCGUGCACCGAAGAGAUUCUUGAAACAGAUCUACUCGAUAGCUGGUCUGCUGUUCAAAAAGUGAAAAUACACUGUCCACAAAGAUACCCUCAAACAAUGAUUGAACACCGAUGCGCGUCGAAGUACUGCAUAGAUCCGAUAUCUAAGGAGAUAAACUACAACCUCCUUUCACAAGAGAUAAAAACAAACUUAGCAGUUUGUAUGAAAAAUUCUGAAGGAAAAGGCUUCUUAACGACUCAAAGUAUCAGCCUGGGAUGUACGUGUAUUUUUAUCAACACAUCUGAAUGACAUUUAUUAGGAGUUUUUAUUUAUUUAUUUUUCAAGUUUCCAAUACUUGUUUCGAUGGUUUUAUAUGUUCUUCCUCAAUUGUGAUUUAUUCUAUUUUUUUUGUACAUCAAUAUACAUAUUUAUCAAACAUUUGUUUUAAUUACUUUAUACAAGAAACGCUUGAAAAUCAUAGAUAGCAUCAACCACUAAAAGAUAGACAAUAUAGGCGCGAAUCGUCACGUUAAAUUAGGUUUAAGCUACUGAUAGUCAUUUUCUGCCAAAUUAUACAAAGUUUUAUUCCAAAAACCUUCCACUAUUUUUCAUUAUUUAGCACAAUGCAACAUCGACGUCUAGGCAGUUUCCUCUUUUCUUGAUUAAAACUCAAUACUUACUAACGCAAGUGUCUGGACUUAAUUUGAAUAUAUAUGUAUAACCUUGCUCUUGUUCGUCGACCGUUCACGGUAUUUUCAUACUCGUGAUUACUAAACUAUAGAACCCUAAAGACCGAAAUUGAUAUAAUUAACUAUUUUGUCGAAGUUAUUCAAAUCUGUGUUUAAAAUAAAUAUUUAUCAGCGUUUAGUUUCGCGAAUCGGUGCUGCCAAGGU